CAAUUAGCAAGUCAGUUGGUGACAGUUAGAGGAGAAGAAACCCAAGAGAGGACUGCAGGAGUAGAGGAAGGAAAAGUAGAGGAGAGAGAGGACAUCAGGGAGAAGGAGGGUGGAAGCAGAACAACAGAACAGAUUCUGUUACAAGAACGUUAUCCAACUAGCAACUGAUAACAGACACUAUUCUUGCUGAAACAACUUUUUUUGGCAGGGGAUAGGUUUUCUUUAUGUUUAAGCUUGUUCAUUGUUACUACUAAGAAAAUAGGAAGGAAUGCCAUUGCUUCUUUGGCUUGGGCUUUGGGGCCUCAUCCAGCUGUCAGGAAGUGACCAGGUUUCUUCUCUUUCGACAAAUUGUUCAGAAACAAGAGAGGACUUCUUUCUUCCUUCAGCUAACAGGACCAUAUGUGGAAGAGGCCAGCAUCUAAGAAGUGGUGGUUUGAAUAUGACUGUAGUGAACGCAACACAUCUUCCCACUGAACAUUUGCAAGUUUUAGAAAACAUUCCCUGUCCAUGUGAGCACACAAAGAGCUUUCUGACAUGCUUAUUACAAGAUCGUAUGAUUGCUCGUUUCAUUAUCUUCAUUUUCAUGCUUUGGCUUUUUGGGAACAGAACCAUCUUCUUCUUUCUCCUCUUCCGUAUUAGAAAGACUUUCUUCACUGUCUACAUUUGGAAUUUAGCUGUAGCUGAUUUUGGUGCCCUGUUAGUUCUGUGCAGUAUCUUCAUAUUCUUUUGCACUUGUGAGGAUUCGAGUGAUGCUCUUGUUAAAUUGUUCCUGUUACUGGCAUACCUAUUUUUCUUCAUGCAAGGUACUAGCAUGCAUUUCCUAAUGUCCAUCAGCAUUGAUUGGUUCUUGGUUGUCCUCUUCCCUAUUUGGCACCGACGUCACAGUCCAAAAUAUUUGUCUGUUCUCCUAUCUGCCAUUGUGUCUGCUCUUCUCUGGGCUCUGUCUUGCUGGCUGUUACUGUUUUUCAAUUUGGGGCUUGACCCGCAGUCAAUCAUUAUCAUCACCUUAAUGAUCUUUGCUCCGCUAAUGGUCAUCUCCACCCAGACACUGGUCAUCAAGAUCUGGCGCAACUUAGGUGAGCAAGGAGAACCUUGCACAGAAAUUUUGCUUGGGAUGUUUUUCUCCCUUGUCACUUGGGCCCCCCUGAAUUUGUUCUUUGCCUUGCACCGUGAUUUUGCAACCAUCUCCUCAUUGGCUUUCGUGUUCACUUCUCUGAGUGGCACCAUCAACCCAGUACUUUACAUUCUCAUUGGGCAAACACUUCUUUCUGAUUCAGGAAGUCUCAUGUUGUACUCUAGGUGGGUUCCAAGGAGGGGAGGGGAAAUCCACUAAGCAAAUGAGAGACUUGCCAUUUUGAGGUGGGAAUGAAUAAUGGUGAGGAACUCUGGGCAACAGAUACCCCCCCUUUUUUUAGAAGAAAGGAAGUCUGUAUUGGUUCUUAAGGUCUUGAUGGGUUAAAGCUAUACCAAGAUGAAUAAAGUGUGCCUAAAGAAUAGUCACUUGAUAAAUAAAAAUUACUGUAUGGCA